AUUUAGUUCAUAUUGUAGAGUAAUAAUAUCUAAAAUUAACAUUUGUAUACGUCUGUCUGUAACAAGUCUAUUACAUAGUUUAAAGUAGUAAAGUUGAAGUGAAAGUAGUCUCGUGUUUUGCUUCAUAGUUCAUACGAGUCAUGGAGAGUAAGAAGCACCACCGCAAGCUCCUUCAGCUCAUAACAACCGUUCAAAACGCGACGUCAUCUCUACCGCCAUCAUCAUCUACGCCACCGUCACGGCCGCCUUGGUCACUUGACUCCUCCAUGGCUCUCACUAUCUUCGUCCUCUUGAUUGCUCUCUUCUUCAUGACUUUCUUCUCCGUCUUCAUCCGUCACUUUGCAGAAGAUGAAUCAACGGCUGAUAUUUCUUUUUCCAGACCAUCUAGAAGAACAUCAUCUUCCACGAUGUCGCCACGUCGGCGUUUUAAUCUCCGGAGUGGACUCCAUUCUCAGGCCGUACGAUCACUGCCGGUGUACCGAUACACGAAAUCAGCGAAGCAGUGGAUCGAGGAUUGCGUCAUCUGCUUGAGUGAAUUCGAAGAAGGGGAAACCGUUAAAGUGAUACCACACUGUGGUCACGUUUUCCACGUGGACUGUGUGGACACGUGGCUUAGCUCACACGUCACUUGCCCUUUCUGCCGCAGCAGCCAGGUGUUGCAGGAUCAGGAGUCGGCAGAGAGCAGCUGUAGAUCAACGGCGGUGGAUGAUGACACGUGUACUGGUAUGGGCUCUUGUGUUAGGAGGUGUAGUAGCUGUUCGAGUGUGGGGCAGAGGACCAGAGUAGAACGAUCGUUGAGUCUUUAA